CACUGCCCUUUGCUUGAAUAACUGAUGGACUUUAUUAGUGAAGGGCGAUGUCAGCUUAACAAUAAGAACAGAGUAUUUUGAUGAACAGGAAACGUCCGUUGCUGUGGGUCUGACAUUAGGCAAUCAGCAUGCUUCGCCUUCGCACCACUUUCAUGUUCACGAUAGCAGGCUCGGUCAUGGCGCUGCUGGUGAAUCGUGUUCAAGUAGCUCUUAUCUUAUUCGACGAAUCAGAUCCUCUGUAUACACGCGAUCCUUCCUUUACACCGACAGAACCUGACCCCGAGGGAAGACAAGAUACUUUUUCCUUCAAAAAUCUUUCAAAUUUCAUUGCGUUGGAACCAACCCCUCGCCCUCGUGUUGAAAGCCUCGUCAAUGGACCCAACAUUACCGGUGAUGUUGCAUGGCUAAUGCAUCUAGCUGUGGUUGGGUUUGCCAAAUGUGGGACCACUGCCAUGCAAGCUUAUUUUGAUCGUCAUCCUCAAAUUUCGAUGUUGGAUGGAGAACAUUGCUCAAUCCGCGACGAAGGCUACGCCGCAUCCAAUCUAGUCAAGAAGUUGGCGGAAGAACUCCCCCGUGGAAACUACAUUCGCGGCGCCAAAUGUCCCUCUUAUCUAGAAAUUCCCCAAGCCUUACACACCUUAUCUACACUAUUUCCAAAUGCUCGUUUUGUUGUGGGGGUGCGACACCCUGUUUUGUGGUUUCAGCUGCUUCCAGCAUUGGAGCUUAUAGGAGAUUGUGAGAAAGUGGGACCUCGCUACAAGACUGGAGGUGUGUGUACACAUCAAGCCAAGUUUCACGAACCGCUCGCUCUUCUGGGGAAAACAAAAAUGUCUACACCUGAGGAGCAGCAGUAUUUUCCGAAAGGAUUCAGCUCUUUUGUUAAUCAGACCGGAUCCUCUGGGCACGAAAUAUUUCUGUACGAUAUCUCUCAAAUAGCUGAUAACAAUGAAAGACGACAACGACAGUUUCGCGACGAUCUUCAACGAUUUCUGCACGUUGACGAGCCAUUUUCUCCUCUUAGUGAAGAUAAAGAGAGUCGUCGGAGAUUGAGCGGUUUGGAAACGAGCACUUUCCCGAACGCUCACAAGCGCAUUAACAUAUGCGAUCGCAAAUACGAUGGCUUGCGCGACGUGCUCUUGAAGAUAGGAAAAGAUGCGUCAAGAUGGAUAAGACAGUAUUUUAUUCAUGCAGGAGGAGUGCAUGUGAGCUCAGUUGAGUUUCUUGAUCAGGCUUUGGCCCGAUGGGAAAUAGAUCCGUGUGAGCUACGGCUGAAGAAAGCACUAAACUGA